GGGCCGCCCCACUUCCUGCAGCGCGGGCGGAGCCGGAAGCGGCAGUGCCUGGCUGCUCCCUUGGUGCUGCGCUCCGCUCCGCCGCCGGCUCGGCCCUGCCCUCCGACAUGCCGGCUUACCACUCAACUUUAAUGGAUUCCGACACCAAGCUAAUUGGGAACAUGGCGCUGUUACCCAUCAGAAGCCAGUUCAAAGGCCCAGCACCUCGGGAAACUAAGGACACAGAUAUAAUAGAUGAAGCAAUCUACUACUUCAAAGCUAAUGUUUUCUUCAAAAAUUAUGAAAUUAAGAACGAGGCUGACAGAACACUGAUCUACGUAACCCUCUACAUUUCCGAGUGCUUGAAAAAGCUGCAGAAGUGUAACUCCAAAGGCCAAGGAGAGAAAGAAAUGUACACACUGGGAAUCACUAACUUCCCAAUCCCCGGGGAGCCUGGCUUUCCGCUUAAUGCCAUUUAUGCCAAACCUGCCAACAAGCAGGAGGAAGAGGUGAUGAGGGCCUACCUGCAGCAGCUGAGGCAAGAAACUGGUCUUCGUCUUUGUGAAAAAGUAUUUGAUCCUCAGAGUGACAAGCCUAGUAAGUGGUGGAUCUGCUUUGUGAAGAGGCAGUUCAUGAACAAGAGUCUUUCAGGUCCUGGGCAGUGAAGAGGCGAAAUAGCAACAACAUUAAACAUUUUCACAGCAAGGUGUUUAGGUAUUUUGCCUUUGUUUUGGAUACAUUUUGUACCAAGGAAGAAUUAAGUACUUACGAAGAACAAAACCCACCACCAAACCAUAAACCAGUCAAUGAGGGAUAGAGGGAGGGAGAGCAAAAAGUAAUUUGACUAGUGUAAGCCAAUGUUAUUAAGCUGGUGCUUAAUAGGUGAUUUCUAACUUGCUGUUUCAGGUGCAAGCUGCUUUGUUAUCAGAGGCUACAGCUAGCAUUUAAAACAGGGCUUGUAUUUAAGAGAAGAAAUGGGCUUGCCUGUGGGGUAGGGGGAGCUGUGUAAUUGCUCUACUGGCUAGAGUCUCUGUUAUCUCCACAGAAAAUGUACCUCUCACGCUGUGUUGUCAAGUGCAGUGAUUUUUACCUUGUUUUCAAUAAACUUUGCUUGUAAUUAA